GGCAAGAAUACAAAAGUUGAGGGUUUAACUUGUAAUAGUAUAGAUACUCUCAUCUCUCAGUCUUUAUAGUUCCAUCUAUGUACGCUGCCGUGUGCGUGUGAUUUUCAAUUUCAUUUUCACUUCAUUCUUCUGUGUGAUUUAGCAAACCAGAUAGAUUCAUAGGGAGAGAAAAAUCUGAAAUUAAGAGAGAUGACGAUCGGAAUAAUGGAGGUGAAUCUGGUGGAUGCUCGUGGUCUCAGCAAUUUCGAUUUCCUCAACAAAAUAGAUCCAUAUGUGUUGAUUCAGUACAAGAGUCAAGAACACAAGAGCACUAUUGCCAAAGGGCAGGGAAGCAAGCCAAGCUGGAAUGAAACAUUCAAAUUCAGGGUGGAAUUUCCAGGAUCAGAUGAACAACCUAAGCUUGUUCUCAAGAUAAUGGACCAUGAUACAUUCUCAUCAGAUGACUACAUUGGACAAACAACAAUAUACUUGAAAGAAGUACUAGAACUAGGAGUGGAGAAUGGAAGAUAUGAGCUACGUGCUCAAAAGUAUAGUAUUGUGGAUAGUAGCCAAAGCUAUCGUGGAGAUAUUCGAGUGGGUGUCUCCUUCACCCCAAGGGUGGAAAAUGAAAGUUAUGCACAAGAGUUUGGAGGAUGGAAAGAGAGCCAAUGGUAGUUAGUUUGUGGGUAAUCCUUUGGUUUUUCUGUUUGGAAAAUGUUGAAGUUUUGAGUAUGUGAAUUUUAGAUGUUCCAAAUGUAAAUUGCAUUUGCUUGUUUUAGUGGUCAAAGACUCAAAAUGUUCAUGGAACUUGAAAUGGUUUCUCGAGGUUCAUAAUUUUGUUUUGUUUUUUUAUCGUGUGUUCCUCACCAAAGAUUACAUCAAAUAAAAUAAUAAGUAAUAUUCAUAUAACAA